CUUACAAAGUUGACUAAAUGGCACAUGGGGGGUAAUAUAAUACAGUAGAGAUUGUGCACUGCGUGGUUAAACACAAAGAUAAAAGCGUUAAUCCGACGAUUUCACUCCCUUUUCUCUGCGCAUGUUUUAAAAGUCGCUCGGAAAGCUGAGUUUGCACUCACGCUCGCGUUCGCUCUUUCCCUUGACGUCUUGAUUUUGUUGUCCUGUGCCAAAAGCUGUAUACAUUGUGUUUUCAGUGCGUGUAUGCUGGUAUAAGUCACAUCCUUAGCUUAGAGAUGAUUUCUGAUUAGUUCCACAGCUCAUUUACUGUCAUUACUGAUACUGCCAUUAUUGUUUUUUUGUUGUUAUUGUUUUUUUUUUCUUUCCUAAAGUGCAUAAGCGAUCAAUAUAUUUAAAAAGUAGCUGAGAAUUGUGAAUUGUUACAAGAUUCGUCAGCGCUUGGCGGUAGAGAUGCAAUAGAAAAGUUUACAUAGUUCGGUUCCCUGUCACUUUGUGGCAGCACGAGAAUAACAGACCUGCACAAGUUUCUCUCGUCAUGUGUCUUGUAUUUUAUUUGUCGGCAAUGUGUUGUGUGUUUCAUUUUAAAGUAAGUUAUAAUGUUCUCGUCAGAAAUGAAAAAAGAGAAAGAUGUAGAGAUGCAUAUGGAUAAUAAGACCGGUUUGAAAAGAAGAAAUCGACUAGCCUAUAUUUAAAGUGGUUAGAAAGCGCUGAUUGGCAUUGAGCAGUGGCUUAGAAAUCUUGCCGCUGUUUGCGUGUUUUGGAUCGGGCUCUAUUCCUGGAGUGAGCACAUUUACAGGCGUUACAAAGAGUAAAAGUGAUUUAAAUUUAAUACUUAAGAUGUAAGCUGAGAGUACGAAUGCGAGAUAUGCAAGAGCUCAACGGUGAGCGCGUGCGCUCUGCCAUACGACACUGUAUUCGUGAGAAGUUGACGUUCUGUUUAUACGUUAUAGUGAUUUAAGACCGCUAAAUCCGUGCGAAAUUGCCAAAUAUGACUUGACGUGCGACUUGCAGGUGUCGUCGUUGUCGUUUAGUGCCGCUGAACUUCAGAACGGUCACUGGGUGACAUCUCGUGGACGCAAAACUUCUAAUUUCUUAAACAACAAACGUAAAAGUAGCCUAGUACGUGCAAUCAGAGUGGCUACUAAAGUUUUGCUCUAAGGAAUACAUUUUCAUAAACGUUGUAAAGAGCUGGUGUAUUCGGGUUGUUGUGGUUUCAGUGUGUAGCGAUUUGUUUUAUUUGUUUGUCUAGUGGUUAAAAUCCAGAUCCCUUUCCCGGUCAUGGGUGUUUUGCCUCCUCACGCAAGAGCAUGGCAUCAUGACAGCGCGCGGUCUGGGAUAUUGAUAUUAUGUAGGCUCAAAUGGAAACAGAAUCUUUAAUACUGAAUGUUCAACAUGUGAAAAAUGUUCGCCUAACUAUUUAAAGGCGUCCAGUGAAACUAUAUAUUUGUGUCAAGGCGCCAGAUGUGACUGGGAGAAUCGUCUGAGGUGAUGCGUCCAAUGUCUGAACAUCUCGAAAAAAUGGCUUGUGCAGCCGACAGCUGCAUCCAAUUCACGCGUCACGCAAGUGAUGUUCUGCUCAACCUGAACCGACUGCGCAGCAGAGAUAUCCUCACAGAUGUCACGAUUCUGGUCAACAGACAACAGUUUCGAGCACACAAAACGGUCCUUAUGGCAUGCAGUGGGCUGUUUUACUCAAUCUUUACUGAUUCACACAAAUGUAACCUGAACGCCAUCAGUCUGGACCCAAAAGUUGACCCAGAGGGUUUCGCAAUCCUUCUGGAGUUCAUGUACACUUCACGUCUCGCACUGAAGGAGAGCCUCAUCAUGGCCAUUAUGAACACAGCCAUCUACUUGCAGAUGGACCAUGUAGUUGACACCUGUCACAGAUUCAUCAAGUCCAGUGACUCCUCCAUCAAACUUCCCAGAGAGGACUUUCUGGUCAGCCCCCUGCUUUUACCUCAAGACGUUCACGGUUACAGACCCCACGAGGUGAUGGAUAACGUUUCUGGACGGGCAGCGACUUUCAGAGAUGGGAGACCCUAUGGCGUCUGCAUGUUUAACGGGGUCAACGCUCCCAACAGCUCAUACCUGUACAGCCAGUUUCCCAUGCAAGGUUUCCCCUUUCCUCUUUGCAAGCUUACAGACACCAAGAACACUUUCUCAGACUUCUCAAAGGGAGGCAUCAUCCAUCACAAACACUGCUCUCCGGUUGACGGUAACAACACUGUGCUGUCCGACUUCACUCGCAGCGCCGCCGUCGGGAGCUCAAUCGCUUGCCACGCAGGCUCAUACUCCUCAAGGGAACCGGGAAGAGACGGGGAAAUGAAGCAGGAGACCACGGAGGGAGUGGUUCAUUCGAUCGGGAUGAGCUCCAGGAAACAUGGCUUUACCAGCCUGGCCCAAGACCAGCAGAGGGAGACUGGGAAAGAGCAGAGUUCCCUGGCAGAGGAACAUUUGAGCCACCAACACUACUCCAUGGGCAUAUCCUCCAAUGGACGCAAAACCUUGAUGAGCAGCCCCCAGAGCCCCCUCAAAUCCGACUGCCAGCCCAAUUCCCCAACAGAGUCGAGCAGCAGCAAGAACGCCGCCCUCGCACAGGCCUCGCAACCUCCAACCUCUCAAGGUACACAAGACCCUAAAGCUCGCAACUGGAAGAAGUACAAGUUCAUUGUGCUCAAUCAAAGCUCCAAGGAGGAGGAGACCAAUCCUCGUGAACCCGGAAUGCACUCCCCACCGAGGCCGGGCUUGUCUGCUUUCCUUCACCACGUGGACUCUGAACAUCCCGACUCGAAGGCAACGACAAAGAUUAGCGAGCAAGGCGAAGACUUCACUGUGCCUCAGGCCAGUCGCCUGAACAACAUCAUCAACAGAACUCUGGAGGGAUCGCAGAGGAACAGUGACAGCCACUCUUCUCUCUAUAUGAGCCAUUUAAAAUGCUCGUCCUGCGGCUCCCAGUCUCCACAGCACUCUGAUAUCUGUCCCAACACGUCGGCCUCACGUCUGGCCGAGGAGAUGUCUGAGAUGCACUCUGAGUACUCUGAUUCCAGCUGUGAAAAUGGAACCUACUUCUGUCAUGAAUGCGACUCCAAGUUUGCAGAGGAGGAAGCCUUGAAACGCCACACGCUUCAGGUCCACAGUGACAAGCCAUACAAAUGUGACCGUUGCCAAGCAGCAUUCCGCUACAAGGGAAACCUUGCCAGUCAUAAAACAGUUCACACCGGAGAGAAACCAUAUAGAUGCAAUAUCUGCGGGGCUCAGUUCAACAGACCAGCAAACCUCAAAACCCACACACGGAUUCACUCAGGAGAAAAGCCAUACAAGUGCGAGACAUGCGGCGCUAGAUUUGUGCAGGUCGCUCACCUUCGGGCUCACGUUCUGAUUCAUACUGGAGAGAAGCCAUAUCCAUGUGAGAUCUGUGGCACUCGUUUCCGCCAUUUGCAGACACUGAAAAGCCACCUGCGAAUACACACAGGAGAAAAGCCCUAUCAUUGUGAGAAAUGCAACUUGCAUUUUCGCCACAAGAGUCAGCUGCGGUUACACCUCCGGCAGAAGCAUGGCGCGAUCACCAACACCAAAAUCCAAUAUCGCAUGUCCUCAACAGACCUACCGACUGACUUAACGAAGGCAUGCUGAGUAGGCACUUUGGGGCAGACCUUGGCAUUAUAUGACCUGACUUGUACAAUCAUUCAAAAUUUUAGUGCCACACUGUGUUAAUCGGACAAGAAGAAAAAAAACUGGCAUAAAAUGCCAGUCUAAACGGGUUUCCUCUACAUUUGAACAUAGAACCACAAUAUGAUCUCUUGUAGUCACUUUAUUGUUUGUAUUUACAUAUGAAUAUAUAUAUAUAUAUAUUAAUGUUGGGAGUGUUUUUACAAUUUGAGUUAUAAAAAGCUUUAUUUUGUUGGAAGAAGGAAGGAAUGUAAAACAUUUAAAUCUGGUUUUUGAAAAUACAGUAUUUUCUAAUGGGAAAAAAAACAUACUUUUCUGAAGGUAUUGGGGAUUUUGAUCGAGGUUGGAAUAUUUUAAGAACACAUUUCUCGCAAAGCAAAGAAUUGUGUGUCUAUAGAUUUUUAUAUAUACAUGUACAGGUUACACUAUGUUGGAACAACCUCUGUCUUGUAAGAGGAACUCCUAACUGUGACUAUAGCAUUGGAUAUCUCACUUGGUUUUUGUCGUGUACUUUUGAGAAUGAUGGCUGCUCUCUCAAAUGGAAAACAUGCAUGAGGUGGGUUGCCACUGAUAAACUUUUAUUAUGUAGGAAACUGCAUAAAUAUUGUGACAAAGUGUAAUUUACUUUACAUCAAGAUUGCUCUCUGCUGGCAGAGCCGAUCUGGAAUUACAUGGUAACAUAUGCAUUCAAAAGUAAUAAUAAUGAUGAUAAUAAUAAAAAAGGAAAAAAAAAAAAAAAAGUACUGCUAUGUUAUGACCAAGGAGAUAUUUUGCUUCAGAUGUAUUUGUACAGAAAUGUGACUUUUUGUUUCUUUUGGCAAGUGAAGGUUUACAGUUUUGUUGUCGUUCUAGAAGCUACAGUAAAAGGUUAUACUAUUG